AUGGCCAGGCCGUCUGGCCUGCCUGGUCCUCGUCGGGCUAGAGCCGCGUGCACUUUUUGCCGGUCACGGAAAAUACGAUGCAAUGCACAAAACGGCCAAUCAUGCCACAAUUGCACACUGGAGAACGUGCAGUGCAUCUUGACACCAAAGGUGCGCCGACAGAAAAGGCCAACGCCCUCGACAUUGAAAGACUUCACGCCGCUCUGCAGACAACAACGACAAGCAAGCUUCCAACAGCUUAAGGAUGCCGACUACCAACCCCAUUCGACAACGGCUUCGAGGGGUGAUCUGAACAGUCCAGGCAGCUGUGAUGGCCUCUUGAGUCAGGAAGAUGAUGACGACGGCAUUGACUGGCGAGCAGCGGCAUUCGAGACGGUACCACUUCCGAUCUCACCUGAUCCGACUAUCAGUGGCUCCUGUAACAGAACAUGCCUUGUACCAGAUCCGAGCAGGUCCUCUGUCGCCUCAGAGAUUCCAUCGUUCAUCAAGCCGAUCCCAUCAUAUCUUACCAGAGAAGAUGUAGACUAUCUCCACCGCAAAGGGGCCUUGUGCGUGCCAGAGGUUAAGCUCCGAGACGCACUGAUCGAGAGCUAUGUCCACUAUAUCCAUCCAUGCUAUCCAAUUCUUGAAUUGGGUGUCCUCAAAGACUCCAUACAAGGGAAAUCCGACCACCGUAUCAGCCUACUGCUCUUUCAAGCAAUCAUGUUUGCUGGCGCCGCCUGGGUUGAUGUCAAAAUGUUGAGGAGACUUGGCUUCCUCACGCGAAAAGCCGCCAGGAAAGCGUUCUAUCUGAAAGUCAAGUUGCUGUACGACCUAGAUUUUGAGCAGGAUCGAUUUUCUCUCGUCCAGACCCUGGUGCUCCUAUCUCUCUGGUGGGAGGGACCGAACGAGCAGAAAGAUGGCUGGUACUGGUCAGGUCUAUCACUGUCGGUGGCCCGUACUGUCGGCCUAAACCGUGACGUUAACAGUAAGCAUCUCAGUCCAGAGUUGCGCGCCUUACGACGUCGUCUGUGGUGGUGUUGUGUCAUGCGAGAUACGAUUGCGUCGUUCGGCACGAGCCGGCCACCUCGUCUUCGAGAUUCGGAUUUUGCGGUUGCUCCACUGACUUUGGAAGACUUCGAGUACGAUGACUUUCAGCUCAAUGAUCUUUGUGGUACCAGCGCAUAUGACUCGAAGAGCCAAAGACAACUUGCCGUCAUCUGCAUAGAAACCGCCGGUAUAUGCAGAAUCAUUGGUCGCGUGCUCCAAGCGGCAUACAGCGAAACAGAGCUGGGCAAUAUUGACUCAUUGUACUUCAAUUCGGUCCCGAAAAAGGGAAGAUCCACCAUCGAGCCGCGGAAACUCAAAGACAUACAGGAAGACUUUCGUCGGUGGCUUCAAAACGUGCCGAAGGAGGCCCUGCAUGCGGAGCCAAAGCCGGUUUGCUCCUCCAAGGACGAGCAAGCACUGCUCGUGCACCGCGCAAUGCUUUCGAUGUUAACCGAGGGCAAUGGUUCGGGAAGCGGCCGCCAGGUGAAUAAGAUUGUGAUGGACCUAUACAAGGCCGACUUGAUGAAAGACCUUCCGGCCACAGGAAUAAGUUGUCUCUUUCCCGUCAGCAUCAGUCACGUCCUCGACGUCAGAAGCAAUGACCCUGUGCUAAGCCGAGCGGGUCGUCGACGACUAGAAGAAUGCAAACAGGCCCUUCGAGAACUGGCCGACGCUCACAUUGCCGCAGAAUGGGCAGUGAACUUCCUGACAUAUGUUGCGUCUCCUGCCAGCGCUCCCACACGAACGCGCACGAGCAUACCCAAUACCGUGAACACACCGUGUCGAUCUUUCGUCCCUGGACAAUCACAGGUCGCCGAACAUACACUAUCUCAAGUGCCGAGUCAGGGCCAGUUGCCCGAGCCUAACCACGAGAGCCUAGCCAUGAACAAGGCUGAGGAAGCCAGGGGUCUGGCCACCGAGCACCUCGCGAACACAGUGGACCAGCCAACCGAGUUGAAUGCAAUAUCGCCGACCGCAUAUGAUCCUUUGGCGGAUAUGAUCAAUUUCCCGGAGAUGUGGAUGACCCUCCCAGAAGAACAAGACACUACGGCAGACCCAGGGUGGCUACUUGAUGGCUUUUAA